UCGUGGGGAAACUAUCUGCUUUCCUUAUUCGCUAGAAUAGUGGUUGUCGAAAUUGUAUCUGAAAUGGGUUUAAAUAAUUUUUCUACGCGAAACUUGAUAUUACUCGGUAUUUUAAUACUCAAUGGGGUUGAUAAUAUUAGUGGAACAUCAGAAUCUACAUUGAAGGCUGUUUCAAUGCUCUUCCGGCAUGGAGAUCGAUCACCAGGAAUGUCAUACCCAUUGGAUCCUUACCACGAUUACCCUUGGCCGGGUGGAUAUGGAGCACUAUCGCCGAGAGGAUACAGAGAAUUAUAUGGUUCCGGAUUGAUAAAGUCUACUCGAUAUUCGUCCCUUCUUUCUAUUCAUUGUGAUACGGACGCUACUUGUAACAUGGACUUCAAUAAAAUUUUGGUUUUAAGCAGUGCAAUUCAACGUUGUGUCGACAGUGCUGAAAGUUUGUUAAAUGGAUUUGUUCGAGCUAAUUGGCCCUCAAAUCUGAUAAACGUCAUACCACAAAAUCAAGAUGAGAUGUUAGCCGCACCAGGAAAGCCAUGCCCUAAUUAUGAAGACAUCAUGACAACUGGAAUCAGCCUCAAUGAUCCUGAAUUCAAGGCAGUUAUAGAUUUCGAAUCAACAGAAGGUCAAGAAUUCUUAGAUUAUUUGCAGAACAACACGGGCCUUGUCGUAAAUUCUCCCAUGGUUCUGCUACUUCUCGAGGAUGUUUUGUUGGUCGAAAAGGACAACAAUCUUGAAUUGCCUGCAUGGACUGAUUCCGUUUUUGAGCAAUAUCUCGUGCCACUCACCUCAAUUGUUUUCGAUAUUUGGGGCUCUUCACAAUAUAUGAAAAUUCGUAGUUCGACUCUAUUCAAGGAUAUGACGAAUAAACUUGACAACCUAAUCACAGGAUCCGACAAUCAGAAUAUUUUGUUGUAUUCAGCCCAUGACGCAACUGUUGGUAGUAUGCUUCAUUUCCUUGGAAUUCGGGAUCAAACUGUUGCCAGACCAACCUAUGCGGCUUCGUUUAAUUUGGAGCUUCAUCAAAAUCAAGAGAUUGAGGACGAUUAUGAAGUGAAGUUGCUUUAUUUUGCAUCAUACGACGACCAAAAUCCAAUUGAAAUCAACAUUCCCGAUUGUCAAGCACCAUGUCCCUACAAACAGUUCAAAUUAACCAUCCAACCGAGACUCACGCCCGAUUAUGAAACUGCAUGCUCCCAAUGAUGGACUUAAUAUUGAUUCUUAACGAAAAUUUUAAGA